UCAUAAACUUCGUAGUUGGAAAACGCUCCAUAAUUCAUACAUGGCUCUGGAAGAAAAAAAUACAAUUUGGAGAUUUUACGUCAUGACGCUUUCAUAAAACUGACUUCAAAACUUUACACAUGAAUAUUCUCGUUCUGAUUUCCAAGAUGAAACGAUCACUAGUCCUUACGUUAGUGUUGAUUUCUUUCAUGCAAUCAUUUGCUUUUUCUGUUCUCACGGACAACAAAAAUAACAAUGUAACUCAACUGGACGUAAGUGGACUUGACUCGGAAAAUGUGGACGUUUUCCGGCAGCUCCUGAACCAAGAGACACUCAUCAGAAUGGCCCUUGUAAAGAAUGUGCACGCCUUGAUGAAAGACAUGGUCGAUCUGAAGCAAAUCAUGAAGACGUUAGAAGCCACACAGCAGAAAACGGAUUUAGAAGUGACAAACUUACAACAGGAAGUAGAUUCAAUGAAGCGUGAAAACCAGAAACUUGACCUUGAAAACAGGAAGUGUGAGGACACUUUGAACACCGUCAAACAAAACUUUACACAGAUCAACGACCAUUUUCAGGAGUUUGUAUUGCAGUUGGAGGAGAAAAGAGAAACAUUUGAGAGAAACACUAGCACGGUACUCAGUGAUUUAAAAGUGGAAGUUCGGUAUCUCUCAAUUACUCUUCUUGAUUUGAAUAGACACACAUUAGAAGUUGACAAGGGUAUUCCUGAAAUUAUAGAGGAAAAGUAUGAAAUGUUAUCAUCAAGACUGAAUGAUACUAUGGCGAGAUUGAGCAGUGAUUUAGUCUUAGCGGACAGCAAGGUUUCCAAAUCGGUAUCUGACCUCAAACAUUCGCAAAACAGCAUCAUAACUUCAAGUUUUGAUGAAGUCAAUAAGACGAUUGUUGACCUGAAAGCGGAGCUGAGACAAUCUCAGUAUGACCAACUUAAGCUGUCCUCUACAGUGUCGGCUCUGGAGGUGUUCCGAAUGAAUAUGACAAGCAACAAAUGCGACUUGUCUAGGAAGGUGGCCUUUACUGCCUCCGUGUCAUCAUCAAGUGGCUCCUGGAACAGCGGCACCUUGGUGUUUCCCGUGGUCAUCACUAAUGUGGGAAACGGAUACAACCCCAGCAACGGAAUAUUUACCGCUCCUACUAACGGGAACUACGUGUUUUUCGUGAAUGUUCAGAGUAAUGCAGCUCAAAUUAUUUAUGCUGACAUCGUGUUAAAUGGAUCAACAAAGGUCAGAACUAUGGGAUAUAACGGAAGUUACGCCGCUGGCCUAAAUCUGGUGGUGCUAGAUCUUCAGAAAGGAGACACAGUGUGGGUCAAACAUUACUCUGGAAAAGGUUACUACACCGACGGUUCUAUUACUACAUUCUCAGGGUUUCUGAUUUGACAGGAUGCCUAAAAUAUUACAUUUGACGGAAUUUUUAACCACAAUUUUCAUGUCACGCUUUGUUCUUGCAGUAGAAAUAUUUACCUUUAAAUGAUUUUAGAAUAGUCUUCUCCGAUGUAAAAAAAAAAUAUCGGCAUAAUGUAUCGAAACUUUUAACUUCCAGUAGUUUAAAUUCCAAAAAAAAAUCAAAAAAAAAAAUCAAUGUUUUCCAUUGCUAGGAGUAAAGAGUGUCCGCCUCACGACACACGGCUUGUACUAACAGAAUACAACAAGCAGGGGAUUAUUCAGUAUAGUAAGUAAAAUCCCAGGUGAUUGGAGGAAGGCUAUUCUAGUGCUGUUUAUAAGGAAAAUAGUAAAGCAGACAUGCUUCAGACAGCUUUGGGCAGGUUAUGGAGGAAGGGUUGAUUAGUUGUACAUGAAUAUUGUUUAACGUCCCUCUUGAAAAAUUUUCACUCAUAUGGAGACGUCACCAAUACCGGUGAAAGGUUGCAAAAUUUAGGCGUUUAUGAUCUUUGAGCAGGGAGGGGGAUCUUUAUCGUGUCACACCUGCUGUGACACGGGGCCUCGGUUUUGAGGUCUCAUCCGACACGCAAGGUGUACUGAGGACAUAUUCUAACCCGGAUCCCCACGGAAGUUGGUGGAAGGGUAUUAUAGUUAUUAUUUAAUGCCUCGUUCACACGAAGAAUUUAAUUCGCAUUAAACGUAAGUUAAUGCGAAUUAAAUCUGAACCGCGUUCACACGGAUAUUUUAAUGCGCAUUAGUUUACUUCGAAUUAAAAUUGACGUCGCGAUUUAAUGCGAAUUAAAUUUACUUCACAUUAGCUCCGUGUGAACGCUAAGCGAAGCUAAUUCGCAUUUAAAAAUGUACACACAUGCGUAAUGGCAAAUUUGGGUCACAUGCAUCAUACCCAUGGUCAACUAUAUAUAUUAAUGCCUCGUUCACACGGAUGCGCAUUAAAUUUUACUUGGCAUCAAAUUUGAUGCGAAGUAAAAUAAUGCGCAUUAAAUUAAUUCGAAUUAAAUAGCGUUUACACGGCGGUAAUAUUUAAUGCGAAGUAAACUAAUACGCAUUACAUUUGUAUGCAUCUCCAUUAAAAGGUUCGCGAAAUAAAUUAAAGAAUAGACUAUGUUAUUGAAAAUUAUUAUUAUACAUAUUUUAAUGAAUAUUGUGUAGAUACAGAAUUCUUUGUUCAAAACGCUCGCUAUAUAGGCCUAUAUGUAGUAUACUACAUGUGUACAAUUUACAUACAUAAAUCUACACAUAAGAAGUUUUUUGUCAUGUUUAUUUAUAUGUUCCCAAGAAAUUACUUGUUAUUUCCUCUGACAACCAGCAUUCAAUCUAGACAAUAUAUUGUUUCUUCAUGGACCCAAUUUUAAAACUUCGGAGUCUUUUUCACCAUUCCGCUGACUACUGUUGUGACGUAAUUUUUAAUUACUAAUACGUAUUAUAAGUCUACUAUGACGUCAUAUGGUAUAAAAAUUAACAAUGAGCGGCACUUUUGUUUUAAAAAAUGUAAAAAAGAAAAUUAUAGUAUCACUAUUUUAAAAGAUUGUUGUCGUAUUUAAAAACAAUUCCUUCCACAUGUAUUACUCAGUAUGCCUAUGCAGAGCACAUAUUUACGUCUGACAUUAUCUAAUGACAUGCUGUUUGUACAUGUUUUUAGUGGUUAUUAUCAUUUUGCUUAGUUUUUCGUACAAAACUAUCAUUGAAAUAUAUAGCUGACCAUAGGUAUGAUGCAUGUGACCCAAAUUGGCCAUUACACAUGCGUCUACAUUUAAUUCGAAUUAGCUUCGCUUAGCGUUCACACGGAGCUAAUGCGAAGUAAAUUUAAUUCGCAUUAAAAUCGCGACGUCAAUUUUAAUUCGAAGUAAACUAAUGCGCAUUAAAAUCUCCGUGUGAACGAGGCAUAAUGUCAGUUUUGUACGAAAAACUAAGCAAAAUGAUAAUAAUCACUAAAAACAUGUACAAACAGCAUGAUGCAAAACUUUUCCGUCUUUUUUUUCUUGGUAUACCUCCAUCCAACGACAAAAUAAUAAAUCAUUCCUUAUCAUUUAAUAUUUUAAAACAUUGAGUUUAUAUGAUAAAACAUUAUUUGAUUUGAGUUGAAUUAACGAGUUAUUCUUGUACUACAUUCUAUGUCAUUUCGAGAUGGGCGUAGUAAUUUGUGAAUACACAACUUAAGGUAGAUCGAUCCUCAUGUGAUGUCAUAGGUUUUUGCAAAAUCUUUAUUUAAUUAAAUUUUGCGCAUGAUAGAAAUAUAUUUUUCAGAGGAAUUUCAUUCACUGAAUAAAAAAAAAUUGGUAAACUUUUGAUACUGAAUUUUUUUUAAUUUUCCAUAGAUAAUCAAUUAUUUAUAAUUUUAAAAAUGUUGUCAAGGACAAUGACUCCUAUGCUGGAAUUUCCUCUAUUGCAUGUCUAUGACACAAUGAUUUCCCUAAUAUCCACAAUUAUUAUAUAUAUAUAUAUAUAUCUGAAUUAGCAGUUUUCUUAAACUGUUGACAUUUAAAAUUUGUCAUUUCAGUAAGUUUUCAUUAAUUUUCAUUAUUCUGUUUAAUGAAAAUGUGUGAUUUUUUAAUUUUGAUAUAUACUUCUGUUUUUGUAUGUCUGACAUCUUUAAGAAGGUGGCAACAUACACAUUUUAUUUGGUUAUUGAUUAAAUUAAACUAUAUUACAGUUUUUCCAAUUUUAACAAUUCAUAUUGAUAAGUCAAAUGAGGAUCAAUCCACCUUAAAAAAACAACUAAAUCCGUUAGGCCUAGUGGCGACAUCCACGAACUGUUAUUUACUUUUGAGCAAACGGGUUUCUUGUGGACUGAAGAAUGCAGUUUUAAAAGGAUGAGUUAGAGAUAAGUCCUGUUGAGAGAAAAUUGCAGGAAUUUUGAUGAGUGGAACUGGAAUUAAGUGCAAAGUUUGAUGUCGGUACUAACGGAAAGCGUGGGACACGUGCAUAAUCAAGAUGUGGGAUGCCAGGUAGGGUUCUCUUGAGGGUUGUCACGGCUACCAGUUGGACAAGUGAGUGUUAUACAGAGGGUUUUUCGAGUUUAUCAGUGAAUUUCUAAGGCGUCACAGCUGUUGUAAGGUCGCACGGAAGCCUUGUUAUGGUGCCAACUUAUAAACGUUCGAACCCAUAGUCGUUAAGGGCUACGAUAUUGCAGUAUAUAUCUGGUUGUUUAACUCUCAGCCCGGAAUUUCAAAAGGAAGUUUCGUGUGUUGCUGCUGUUUUUUUUUUUUUUUUGGGGGGGGGGGGUAUCCUCAAUUAGCCAUGUUUAUUUCAUUUUGCAUAAUUAAUCAUUAUUUAUAUUUGAUAUUUGUUUGUCUUUGUUUAAUAAAUUCAUUUAGAUCGAUA